CAUAGCAAAGCAAAGCUAGGAACAACAAGGAGAGAGUCGGGGAGGGAUUAUCAGUUCACUGUGCUUAUCUGCAUGUGAUAUGGAAACGAACGAAAGUGUCUAAAGUGUUUUUCUUUUCUCUUGAGCUCAGCGGUUUGUCAGCCACAUGAAGGCCCGAGUCAACCUAAGUUUAGGUUAGCAGUCUGACGUUAGCUCCCGCUACUAGCUGUGACUUCAAACAACUUGUCAACAGCCGAUCGAUCCUGGACGGGACUGGUUUCGCUAAAUGUUUGUUUUAGCCUGUUUGGCAAUUCCUCGUAACGUAAAAAUCCUCCGAACCAGCGGCACUAUUGGGAGAGUGGAACUAUGAUGGCAACGUGACAGGAGGGGAGCCGCUGAGUCAGCUUUAACAGGAGCCAUGGAAGGAACAGAGCAGCGCGACAGGGUGAACGGCCACUGCAAGUCCAAAUCCCGCCGGGACACGGCUGAUGUCAGGUGGACGCCACCUGGGGGAGAGUCUGGAGGUUCAGACAGCUGUGGGGGGACAAGUGUGUCGGAGUUAACAGACAUGCAAGAGUUAAAGGCCAGGGAAAGUGAGGAUGAGGACGAAAGGAAGGAGAGGAAGGUAGUUCCUACCUCUAAAGGCCUGAAAGGGGACCAGAAGAAAAAAGAGAAAGAGAGUCUGGAUCAGGAGGAGAACAAACACAACAAGCAAAACAGCAGUGCAGCAUCCAGCUACACAGACUUGUCCCAUACCUCGUCUCCAUCGCUGUCAGAACAGCUGCGUCUUGGCCAAGAAGACAGCACAGGGGCUGGGAUCAGCGUGGAGUGUAAGGUCUGCGGAGACAAGGCCUCUGGCUUUCACUAUGGCGUGCAUGCCUGUGAGGGUUGCAAGGGCUUUUUCCGGCGAACCGUGCGGAUGAAGCUGGAAUACGAUCGCUGUGAGCGUUCCUGCAAGAUUCAGAAGAAGAAUCGUAACAAGUGCCAAUAUUGUCGAUUCCAGAAGUGCCUGUCUUUGGGAAUGUCCCAUGAUGCGAUCCGAUAUGGACGUAUGCCUGAGGCAGAGAGGAAGAAGCUGGUGGCAGGCCUGCUUGCAGAGGAAGUGAAUCUCAGUAAACCAGGAGGCUCAGACCUGAAGACUUUGGCCAAACAAGUCAACACAGCCUACCAGAAGAACCUAGUUAUGACCAAGAAGAGGGCCCGCAGCAUCCUAUCAGGCAAAACCAGCAGCACCUCGCCGUUUGUGAUCUACGAUAUGGACACACUGUGGAAGGCAGAAAGUGGUUUGGUAUGGAGCCAGUUAAUUGCAGGUGCGCCCCUGACCAAGGAGAUUGGGGUUCAUGUGUUCUACCGCUGCCAAUGCACCACGGUGGAGACUGUGCGAGAGCUCACCGAGUUUGCCAAGAGCAUUCCAGGGUUUGUGGACCUCUAUCUUAAUGACCAGGUGACUUUGCUGAAGUACGGUGUGCACGAGGCUAUUUUUGCCAUGCUGCCCUCUCUCAUGAACAAAGAUGGACUGUUGGUGGCUAAUGGUAAAGGCUUUGUGACCAGGGAGUUCCUGCGCAGCUUACGAAAGCCCUUCAGUGAGAUCAUGGAGCCCAAGUUUGAGUUUGCUGUCAAGUUUAAUGCUCUGGAGCUGGACGACAGCGACCUGGCCCUGUUUGUUGCUGCCAUUAUUCUCUGUGGAGAUCGUCCCGGGCUAAUGAACGUGAAGCAGGUGGAGCAGAGUCAAGACAACAUCCUCCAGGCCCUGGACCUCCACCUACAAGCAAACCACUCUGACUCAGCCUACCUCUUCCCCAAGCUGCUGCAGAAGAUGGCCGACCUCCGUCAGCUAGUUACUGAGAACGUUCAGCUUGUCCAAAAGAUCAAAAAGACUGAGUCGGAGACCUCGCUCCACCCUCUACUACAGGAGAUCUACAAAGACAUGUAUUAGUAUUCUCCAGCACAGACUGCUUUUAGCAAUACUGUAACAGACUGAAUUUACAUUCAUGAUACUACACUGCAUUCAGUACAAGCACUGUUCCACGUACCGGCAUGGAUUCUAACGUACAGAAGAGGCAAAGUCACGUGGUAGGGCUAACACAAUCAGCAAAGUCUUCUCAAUGUCAGCAUUACCCUCAGCACAGUGAUGUGUGCGUGUGCGUGUGCGUGUGCGUGUGCGUGCGCGUGUGUGUGCGUGUGUGUGCGUGUGUGUGUGUGUGUGUGAUGAGCAUCUGGAAUCAUUUGCUGCAAGUCCUAGUUUCCCACAACGGUCACUUAACAGAGAGAAUGGUUUGUUUUCUCGCCGAGGCUGCUCCUGUUACUUUCUAAUAGCAAAGCUGACCCCAGAGCAGCGUCUAGAGAGCGCUCCUCCUCGCUCACCUCGCCUCUGUGAAGGGAAAGCAUUUCAUGUUCUUAACACCAAUGGCAGAGCUGAAAUAGAAAAGAGCUGUAAAGUUUGAGCUGUGCAAGAGUUUCUUAUGAUGCCAAUGUCUUUGGUAGAGUGAUUGUUCUCAGACUUUUGGUAAAGCUGAAGAUGCACAAACUAGUUUUUGUUUACAUCAUCAUCAUCAUUAUCAUCAAUGACUGCUAUUUUGCCAUUUGGUUAAUAGAACACAAACUGGGCUGGCUCCAGCAGUGUAGAGCUCUCUCAAAGCAGCUGUCUGUGCAAUACCGUUUUUCAAUAAAUGUGGAGAUCCAAGUUAUAUAGGUUUUGUCUUAAAGCCAUCUACCCAAGUGGUAACUAAUGGACUAUGCUGCACAGAUUGUCUCUAAAUUGACACUAUAAACACAUUACCCACUUAAGUACAAGGGACCGCAUGUUUUUAUCUUUCUUUUGACAUGCAAAUGAUCAUGAAUUUGCCAUUUUAAGGUUUUUUCUUAGUUCAUUCUUUGUAAUUAUGUUACUAACCAUUUGUAAUUGUUCAUAUUUGUAAGGGCAAAACAUGAAUUAUUAUCUUGUUUUAUGUUUUAAGUUGAUGUGUUCUUACAUUUUACUGCCUAUUUAGUUUAGGUUGUACCAAAUAUAUCUUCAGGCAUACCAACAAAUGUUUCCUUGAUGAGGAAUUUGGAUUUCACGACUUUAUCAGGAUUUACCUUAAACCAGCAUACUGUACCACAAUGUCAUUGGGAAAAUUAAUGAUGAUUUAGAAAUCAACUUCUAGCCUCUGGUAUCAUAAGUCACUUCUGUAUUCACUUCUAUAAGCACAGUCCUAGAUUAAUACCCUUUUUGUGUACAGUCUGAUUUGUCUUGUUAGGAGAGCCACAAAGUGUAACAGCCUUACAAUACUGUAGACUCACAUUCACAAGUUUCCAACUGUUUUUCUUCCCCUCAUAUUCUUCAGGACUUCUUUCUUCACUGUACUUACUCUAAAUGGACUUCAGUAUGUCAGCACUGCUGCACACAGUCCACCUUCAGAAAUCUCCCCUUGUGCUCUUUAUCUGUCUUGAUCCCUAUCUACCUCUAAUGUAUGAUCUGUGAUACAUUUCCACUGUCAUCUGAUCGCUGACAUUUUUUUUUGCCUUAAUUCCUGCUAUUGGUACACGUUGCAAAUUUGAUAUUGGUGGCUGAUGUGCAGUGUGCCAACAUAGCAAAGGGUGUGGAUGGAAACGAGAAAGUACACCAAAAAGUUUUUGUAAGCUACCUCUAUGCCUGUUUAAGUGAUGGAUUGACAUAUUUGUUCACAAAAACAUGUUAAGACUUGAAUUAAUUUCGUCCUUAUAGUCACAUGUAAUCUAUCUGCAGAUCUAGUUUAGUUACAUCUCACUUAUAAACUUUAUUAGAAAUAUUAA